GAGGAAGUGAGAUGGAGGAAGUGAGAUGGAGGAAGUCAGAUGGAGGAAGUGAGAUGCAGGAAGUCAGAUGGAGGAAGUGAGAUGCAGGAUGUCAGAUGCAGGAAGUGAGAUGGAGGAAGUGAGAUGGAGGAAGUCAGAUGGCUGUAGCUGAGGUGGAGUUCAGGCUCCAGCUCCACUGAAAUAUGUUCCAGUUCCUAAUGGUCAUUAAAAUGCUUGCUUAACAUAACACAGAGCUUUAAUAAACAUCAUUACAGCUCAGGUUUUAUUCAGUGGCAGUAUGUUUCCUGCAGUAAUUGCUUUAUAAUGCUGUGUAAUAAAAGCUCGAGAUUGGAUGCAUUUCUCUGUAAAUUGGCAGACAGAAUGUUUCUGUAGCUUCUGAAUUCAUUCUGCUGCUACCAUCAUGAGCUCCAUCAUCAAUAAAGAUUAGUGAGCCUGUUCCAGAAGCAGCCAUACAAGCCCAAGCCAUGACACUACCUCCACCAUGUUUCACCCAUGAGCUCGUAUGUUUUGGAUCAUGAGAAGAUCCUUUCUUUCUCCAUCACUUUGGUAGAGGUUCAUCUUGGUUCCAGAACUUUUGUGGUUCAUCUCUGGUUUCUUUGCAAAUUCCAGUCUGGUCUUCUGAUUCUAACUGCUGAUGAGAGGUUUGCAGCUUGUGGUAUGCUCUCAAAAGUUUUCUGUCAUCAGCUGCGGUUGUUUUCAUUGGCCAACCUGUUCCAUGUCUGGUUGUUAGUACACCAGCGGUUUCUUUCUUUUUCAGGACAUUACAAAUUGUUCUAAUACAUUAACGUUUCUAUAGUAACAGCUCAUUCACAGGAACUUGUAGGAUGGACGCUCCACAUAAACAGAUUAAAAAACGUGUGUGAUGGUUGAUAUGCUUUAAACCGUGUGUUCUCAUAAGCUGUAAUAUCGUAUGUUUAUUGUAAGCACCUGAUGACCAGGCUGUGGACGUGUCCUAGGCUGCCGUAUACGAAGACCAAAAGUCUACACUUGUAGCUGAGCUCUGAGAUGUUGAGAUGUUAUUCAGGAGCAGUUGGUACUUAAUAACCUUAAACAUGAAAGCUUCCGUGAGGCUGUAGUCAAAUGUGCAGCAUUUCUGUUAAUGCAUUAUUCUCUCUCUCUCACUCAUACACACACACACGCACACACUCAUACACACACACACAUUCAACAUCCUUUACCACUUAAGUAUUUCUACAGAUUGAUUAGAUAACUGUAUUUUUCAAAACUGAAUUACAAAUUCUGAAUCACAAAUUAUGAAUGCUUUUAAAAUGUAAUGAAUUCCAGUAAAUUGCAGGUUUAAUUGUAAAAUGUUGGUGUGAGUCGAUUUCUCUCUCCUGCUUUAUUCUCCACCUGUGCAGUGCUGAUGGUGGUGUUGUGUCUCCUCAGCCAUGCAGUCCUGCAGCAUUCAUCACUGUGUCCUGUUCUUCCUCACCCUCACAUUCACCACUGCUCCUGUAUCAGCUGCUGUCUGUUCUACAACAGUGAAGCUUCAUCAGUCUGUGACUCUCUCAUGUGAAUAUAAAUGUUCUGGUUCAGUCAAAUGGACCUUAUUUAAUAAUCGAGAUGUUGUCUUCGCUCGGUGUAAUAAGACAUCAUGCAGCUCAGUGAAGGAGGGAUAUGAAAUGUCUCAUGCUCAGUACCUGAAGGGAGAUCUCUCUCUCACCAUCACUGCAGCUGAUUACAGUAAGAGGAACACGUACGCGUGUGAGUGUGGAAUCUCGGAAAUCUCUACUGUGCGCCUCAGCAUUGAGACUGUGUUCUCAGCAGUUCAGAUGAAGUCUGGUAAAGAUCUGAUCCUGGAUUUGAGCAUACCAGAGCCAGUGGAGGUGAUUUAUAAAAGCAGAGAUUCAGCUGAUGGGGAACAGAUCUGCACUGUGACUCAACGCUCACUACAGUGUAAAGCUGAAUACACACACAGAACAUCACUCAGUCACCCCAAUAUUACACUGAGAGACGUGCAGCCGAGUGAUAGUGGAAGUUACACCAUCCGGGACACGGAGAAUAACGAAGACAUUCAGAUAUACGCCCUAUCUGUGGAAGAUGAGCAGAGUGGUAUUCCUGUGUGGGGGAUUAUAGUGAUAGUGCUGAUUCUGCUGGCAGGGCUCACUGGAGUGUUAAUAUACCUAAAGAUUGCACCCCAUCAGGAGUUCAUAAAGUUGAGCAGACAACUGCAAAGUGUGGACAAGCUUGUAAAGCAGGCUCAACCCAGUCAGGAACAGGGCAAUAAAAGCUUCAACAUGACAGGAGCAGCUCUGAAGAAGGCGGAGAAGGAGAUCGAUAAACUGGAGCAGCAGUACAGCGAGAACAGUAAAUAUUCAGAACAGGUCUGGUUGUUCUGCAAGGCAAAGAGGUCAGAGCUGAACAAGUACAGGCUACAGUACAGCUGUGAAGAAGGAGGACUUCUGCUGACUGAGAGAGAAGGGAUAAUGAGGAUGACGGAGGAGGUGAUGAACAGUUUACAGCAGCUCAGAGGUGGAGCAGGGCAAGAGCAGGUAACAAGCUCCAAAAGCACCACAAUGAUGGAUGAGAUGGAGAACCAGGUGGAGAAACAUCUGGAGGAGAUCGAAAAGUGGUGUGGCGAGAGGAGGGUGGAGCUAAAAGACCUCAUACAGCAGCACCGAGCUGGAGCUGUGUGAGACCAACAUUCCAGUGACACCCCCCCCCCCCCCCCCCCCGACACACACACACGCACACACAUGCACACGCGCACACAAGCAAAUCGACUGGUGGAAAUGAAAUUUUAAAUGGAUGUGAGUUUACACAUUAAAAAGAAAGAAUGGUUUUAAUGCACAUGUGAGCAGGGUUCAUUUUAACAGCUGAAUUAUAUUUAGUUUCAGUCUUUUGAUAAAAAUAGUUAAUAAUAUUAGUCACAAGGCUUUUUAUUAGUAUUAACUUUAUAAUUCAAACAAAACACUACCACAGUUUUAGGCAGUGAAACCUGAACAGUGUUGGUCACUGAACAGCUACGAUGAAAAUUAAUGUUAAUGGUAAAUAUGCUGCUUUGUUUUGUUCUCCUGUACCGGUUCGCACUCAGACACGUUUAAACACUUUGAACAGCAGAUCAACAGAGAAAAUGUCGACCAUGUGGACAUUAGAUAAUGAUUUGUAAAAUGUUGCAAAUGUAUUGUUAUGAUUUUUAACAGUUCACUGUAAAUUACUGCAGAAUCACCUAAAAUCCAUCAUUCAGCUGAGUUUACCAUACAGCCCUCAUACAGCUGGUGAUAUUAUUACACACUCCUGUACUCUUCUUACACUUCAAAUGCUGGAAAUGCUCCUUUUCCUGUCUUUUUAGGCUAAAGGAUCUAAGUUCUGACUACAACUACACACACGUCAGGAUUACUGUAGUUUGAUAUACUGUUAGUGUUCAUAUUAUAUAUAAAACUCCUAUCAGUAUCUAUAUUUUCAUAAGUACAUCACUCUGAUCUGAAGUGCUGGCUACACACACACAUACACACUACAGCGACGGUAAAGUGAGCAUUUCCUCUCCCCUAAUCGCCUUAAUCCAUUUUUUCUGUUUAUGGUCAUCUUUCAGAAAGUUGCAGAAACUUGAAUCUGUUUUUUUUUUUCUUGCUAUUGUGCAGCCAUAUUCAGUUAUUUCCAUUAGAUUACAUUUUUAUGUCAUGCUUUACAUUUUUGUUUACUGUACUGUUUAGUGUGUUUUGUGAUUUAGAAAGAUGUACUUUUACUAAACUGUUGUUUGGUGUGUUUUGCUUGUGGUAGUUUGUAUAUAAAAUGUUCCAAAUAAAUAAAUUUGAUUUGAC